UUGCUCGUUUUAGUCUCGCCAUGUCUCAUUUUCGGUAGAGAUGUUGAAAGGCUUGAUCGGUUUAUUGAUUCUAUGCUUGGAGUGUAUCAUUUGUUUUAGUAGGUUUUUUUUCUGGGGGUAUUGUGUCCAUUGGUUGCAUGUCAUCUGUUUCUUCUCUUGUGAGUGUGUCCCAAGAGGUUCGAUUGGCAUGGCUUCAUCUUCAGCGUGUGUUGGGAGAGCUUCUUUCUAAGGAAUUUGGACGUGUAGAUAUCCAAGGUGUGUGGACUGAGCAGCGGUUCCCCUUGUCGAGUUAUGAAGUCUCUGGUUCUUGGUCUUAUCGAUUGGCGGGUGUGGCAGCAGCGAUAAGUGUGGUUUGGGUGUAGAAGUGGAGGUUAUCGGGUGGCGGGCUAUGGGCAGCAGCGGUAACUCCCGAUCAUUGGCUUUCCCUCAGCUUUAAAGUCUACUAAAUUUUUUGUUCUUCUUCUGCGUAGAUGGUAACCGUUUAGUUGGUUCGAUGUCGGUGUAGAUUUAUGUUUAUUUAAGUUACCAUGGUGUGGGUUUAAGUCACCCUAGUAUGGGUUUUAGUUGCCGCUUUCUAUGGGCUCUUGGUUCUGGGGCUAUUUCAUUUUGCCGCCAGCUUUUGUAAGGAUAUUGGUAUUUCGAUUAUGAAUGUAUUUCAAUUUGAGAAAAAAAAAAAGUAUAAGUUUUAAAUUGAAUAACCUUUGUCAAAACACCAUAAAAGUAUAUUUUAGGCGAUUUUCUAACACUAUUGUCCAGAAUUAUACACUCUGUCUAGCUAUUUCGUUUUCCAAAAGCUAUCUUCUUCCUUCAGAAAAACAUUUCUCGAUACCGAAUCAAUUAAGUUCGUUUUUAAUGUUUCUAAAGGGAUUUUAAAAUUUUAAUGCGCUUGUGUUGUUCACGUAGCAUCCAAAAUAUGUCGACAUUUCAUGAAUCUGUUUUUAUAAUCUCUCAUCUAUGAAGUAUGAGUCAAAUGUAAGGUUGUCUUUGGAGCAAGGAAAAAAUACAUUUCAAUAGUAAUCAUAUUCACACCAAAACUAUUGUAGUUAUACUUUUCUAUUCAUUUUAUAUUAUACUUUUCAAUGUCCGGUCCACAUUAAUCAAUCUCAUUCUACUUCUUUCAUUCAGUUCUACUGUUUCACACCAUUCACUCUACCAUCACCAUAAUCCAUAGAACCCAACCCAUGCAGUCACAGUUUUCAAUUAAUGCUGCACAACAAACUAUCUAACAAAGUAACAAUAUGGUUAUAUACAUUGUUUUCUACAAGGAAAAAACAGUGUAGUUGGACAUGCCAACUUCGAUUUAUGGGCCAACUGUAUUUUUUUUGGGUAAGCGAACCAUUCAUCCAAUUUAAAGUUUUAUAUUCAAAUGUUUGACUUUAUUUAAACAAUAAAUCCAGGUUCAUACGAUAUAAUAUAAAAUGGAAGUGGUACGUGUUGUCUUGUGUUAUGAACAAACAAUCAUCCUUGGAGAAUCUUAUAGAUAACCAAUUAAAAGUUACUUACUCUUUCAAUUUACCUCGCUGUGCCCUAUAGAGUGCUUCGAUCAACACCCAUCGUGUUAUAAAAUCAUUCUUGAAAACGUAUAAAUGACUAGAAAACAUAAUGUUUUAAUUACUCAAUCACGGUUGCCUUAACUGAUUAGGGUGAAACUCGGCAAAGUGAUCGUUAUAGCCAGUUUGCUUUAGAAUAUAAAAGAAAACACUUUAUCAAUUACCAAAAGCAUAUUCUAAUCUUAGUACUAGCCUGAAUGUGAACUAGAAAGUCUAUCAACUUAUUUAUGUAGAGUUUAAUCACAUGUUGGUUUUCAGAAAUUUGUAUAAAAAACUUAGGCUAAAAUACAAAGUUUUAGAUUUUAUAAAAACGUCACUCCAACUUGUGGAACUUCUAAAACACUAAUUGUUGUUUUUGGAUAAAACACUAAUUCUGUAUUUCUCACCUUCCAACUGUAACUUUUAUUAUUUUGUUUCAAACGGACACGGCGGGUAAUAAUUAUAAUACUAUUAAUCAGCUGUAUCCCCCUCACACUAAGCUAAGCUAGUUUACCCAAUGAAAUAAAGACACGUUGAAAAAAGACCGGUCAAAGCCGCCACGUAUGUCAUCUUUAAGACGCAAGACACGAAGCUUGCUUGCUUGUCUUUUUAAACACAGAGAGUUUUCUUCUCCCUAUAAGUAGGAGACGAAGCAUCCUCCGAAAAACAAAACUGACUCCGAAUAUCCAGAGAAAAAUCGACGGUGGUUGAUUCGCCGGAGCUCAUUUUCUCCGGCGAGCUCAGUGAACGAGGGAAACAUGCAGAAACGAAGAGCGGUUAGGGAUUCUUCCAAGAUAACUCCGAGAAAUGGGAAGACUUUGGACUCCGGCGAAAAGAAGAGAUGCGAGAGGAGGUUGAUGAAGUUCGAGGAGUUGCCAAAGUAUCUCAAGGACAACGAGUUCAUACACAAUCAUUACCGGUGCGAGUGGUCUCUCAAGGAGACUUUCCUCAGCGCCUUCUCUUGGCACAAUGAGACUCUCAACAUCUGGACGCACUUGGGUGGGUUUCUGAUAUUCGGUUGGAUGAUGGUGGUGAGUUCCAUGGAAACCACGGAGGUUGGCCUGACCAGCUUCGUGAGACUCUUCUCCGGGAAGACAAUUCGCUGGCCGUGGCCGUCAAUGGAAAUCUCAAAAGAUGAUUUCUUCUCCAGCUAUCAAACUCUGUAUCAUCAGGAUUCGAACGUGACACACACUAGCUCGUUCUUGAACUAUCAAGGAGAAGAAGUUAACCACGAAACAGUUCCAAAAUGGCCAUGGCUCUUGUUCUUAUCCGGAGCAAUGGCCUGCUUGAUGUGCAGCUCCAUGUCUCACCUCUUCGCCUGCCACUCAAGAAAAUUCAACCUCUUCUUCUGGCGCCUAGACUACGCAGGAAUCUCCCUCAUGAUCGUCUCCUCCUUCUUCGCACCUCUCUACUACGCAUUCUCUUGCCACCCUUACUGGCGUCUCUUCUACCUCUCCUCAAUCUCAAUCCUCGGUCUCUUGGCCAUCUUCACCCUCCUCUCUCCGGCCCUCUCAGCUCCGCGUUUCAGACCUUUCAGAGCAGCUCUUUUCCUAACGAUGGGGUUCUCUGGUAUCGUACCCGUCUCGCAUUUGGUCUACCUUCACAAGGAUCACCCCAACGUGCUUAUCGCCCUCGUCUACGAGCUAGCGAUGGCUGUGUUGUACGCAACGGGAGCAGGUUUUUAUGUGAGCCGUAUACCCGAGAGAUGGAAGCCUGGAGCUUUCGACGUUGCGGGACAUAGCCAUCAGAUAUUCCAUGUGUUUGUAGUGUUAGGAGCUCUUGCUCAUAGUGUUGCAUCUCUUCUUAUCAUGGAUUUUCGACGCGCUUCGCCUUCUUGUGCCUUUUGAAGCAAGUAACAAAUUGUGUAAAAUGUUAUAAUUAUUUUUUCAUUUACCAAGAAUAUUUCAAAGUAAAA